UUAAUAUAUAAUCUAAAUUCUAAAAAAAAUUUUAUUAAUAAUUUUACUAUGGAAAUAUGCAUAUACUAUACUAUUUUUUAUUUUCUAAAACAUUUUUAUCAGGGUUGCCGUUUUCGAUUUGAGCCGAGUUCGGGGGUUUUUUCGAGUUUGGUUUUUGAUGCGGUUCGUUUUCGAGUUCUUCGAGCUGAAAAGCCUUGACUUGCUCGAUCUUUCGAGUUUUGGUUCGAGCGAGGGCAACUCUAAUUUUUAUAUUAUUUAAUAUUUUUUCACUUAUUUUUGAAAAAUUACGAAGUUUUUUAAGUGAAAAUAUUUUAAAAUUUUUCUAUUUAAAUUUUCAUGUGAAUUAACUAAAAAAAUUUCUAAAAAUAAUUCUAUUCUUAUUUCAAUACUUCAAUUUGAGAAAUCUCAUUUUAGACUGAACGAAUUUUCUUUUUUCUUCUUCUACUAAUUUGUUCAUUGUUUUUUUUUUGUUUAUAAAUAUAUUUUUAUAUUAAUUUUGAUUUUUUUGAAAUUUUUGUUAGAAAUACUCUAAUUUAUUUUAAUGACUUAAUUGAACAAAAAGAAUUUUUUUUGAAAUUCUAUUCUAUUUUGGAUGUCAUCCUUUUUUACUGGUAUUGGUGGAGCUGGACAUGGUAAACCUUAUAAAGGGGAUGCUGUGGCAGCUUUUAUUAAUGGUGUGGUCAUUCGUCAUCCAUUUGUUGUUCUCCGACGUCAAUGCCAAAUACAUGACCAUGCCUAUCGCAAGCACUUCUUUCCUACUACUUUGGUGCCUGUUAUUAUUAAAUUGACUGCAAAAGAUGGUUUUCUCUCGUUAUGGAAAGGAGCUGUUGGUAAUGGAGUACUCUGGGCUUUUUCAAGCGUCUCAGAAUUAGUCAUCGCUGAAUUAUUAGGCUUGCCAAAAUCCUUUGUACUCGAUGGAAGUUCUCAACGAUUUUGGCGGCAUGUCUGGCUUAAAACUUUCAAUUUUAUUUUCUGCACCCCUGUAAUUGUUACUGCCUUUCUUGAAACAGUCCGUACUGGUACUGGUUUAGCCGAAGAUCUCCAAAUUGCUGAAAUUAUUACAAAAGGAUAUGAUAGACUCAGGCAAGACGUUUUUGGUGGUUCUGCUAUGGCAGAAGGCGUUCGUAGAAGGCAUUCUUUGCUUUGGCUGGCAUUUCCCACAUCCCUUCAUCAAACAAUGCAUUUUCUUGUCUGUCAAUAUGUUUAUACUACUUCGUAUUCUUGGACACGCACUUUUGUUAGUCGUAAACUUCCUUCAGAACGUAGACGUUAUCACACAAUUAUGCCAGAACUUUUUUCUUCAAUGACCAGUGUUUUUGUUGCAGAUAUUGUUUGUUAUCCACUUGAGACUGUUCUUCACAGACUUUAUAUUCAAGGCACCCGCACAUUAAUAGACAAUUUGGAUAGCGGUGCAGAAGCUUUGGUUCCAGCUGGUCGUUAUUCGGGAAUUUUUGAUUGUUUUUCUUCAAUAAUAAGAAAAGAAGGAGUUAUGACGCUUUUUAGUGGAAUUGGUGCAAUCUUUUUGCAAUAUAUGCUUCAACAUUGUGUGGCUGGAAUAACUUAUUGGUUGCUUGAUAGAGGCAGUCGAGGAUAUACUUCUGGCCAUUUAAAAAUCAAAAUGGGUUCUUCAGAAUUUGUAGAUGUUACCAAUGUAGAGACAACUUAUGACCCUUUUGCAAAAAACAAUAUUCCUCAAAAUCCUAGCGCUCAAUUCGCUGCUACAUCACAAAAUUCACAGCCAUCAACAUCCGGUUUAUUUCCUUCAUUUGCUCAAGUCCAAAAACAAAAUAAAUUUAACGACGACCCUUUUCUUUCUGCCUUACAGCGGCGUAAAACUGAUCGACAGCAACAUGAAUUUGACUACAAAUAAAAAGUAAAUAUUUUUAUUUAGAGAAUUAUGCAAUUAAUAUUUUUGGUUUACCUUUUUUUGUCUUAUUAUUUCUCACAGAUUAUUUUAAUACGAAUAUUAUAUUGUUUUUUAGAAAAUUUUUUAGAAUUGUUAAUCUUUUAG